AUGAAUGACCCCUGGCGUUUCCUGCCAUGUAACUACGACACCUCUGAACUCUCCGACCUAUGCAACCACUUUAUGGGCAACACGCUCCCAAGCACCCCUCGCAAGGUGACUCCUCAGUUGGUUGUUCUCCCCUCUACUCAGCCCAAGACAGCAGACCUGUCUUGCGAGACACUCAACCAUCUGAUUGGACAAGUUCCCCCUCUGCUGCCGUACCAGGUGGCUUCUAUUCCAAUCCAGUCACAUCUGGAAAUCUCUAUACCCAAAGUUGCAAAUCUCGAGGACGUGCCUUCUGGGUUUCAGAAUCGGGAACGCAUACAAGACGCCGGUGCAGUGCAAGAAAAGGGGCCAAUCAGAAAGAGAAAAGUCAAGGAGCCUAAGCCAUAUAUUCCUCCCGAGAGGGUGUCUCAGCGAAAAAAGACUUUUCCUGCUGCUUCUUCUGCCUUUGCCAUGAGAUCGCACCUUUGGUCUAUUCUUGUCGCCGCCUUCAUGGUGGCGUGUGCUCAGGCAUUCUACUUGCCGGGUGUGGCCCCGACCAACUACGCAGAGGGCGACCGCAUCGAGUUGUUCGUAAACCACUUGACUCCGGCCAUGACCCACUUGACCUCCACGGGCCAACGGGAAAAGACGAAAACCCAAAUCUACUCCUAUGAUUACUACUAUCCAAAGUUCAAGUUCUGCCAGCCUCCAGGUGGUCCCAAGAAGCAGCUGGAGUCCUUGGGUGCCAUUCUUUUCGGCGACAGAAUCUUCAAUUCGCCGUUCGACAUCCUGAUGUUGAAGAAAGAGGAGUGCAAGGUCUUGUGUAAUGCAAAGUACUCCAAGACCGACGCUGCUUUCGUCAGCAGGAACAUCCGUGCGGGUUACAACUACAACUGGAUCAUAGACGGAUUGCCUGCUGCCCGUAAAGCAAAGGACAUCCGUACCAGCACAGACUUCUACACCUCCGGCUUCCCAAUUGGCCUGGUGGAUGAAAGCAACAAGUCCGAGUUGUACAACCACUUCAAGAUCAACAUUGAAUACCACAAGAGAGCUGAGGGCCAGUACAGGGUAGUCGGCGUGACCGUCGUGCCACACUCCUUGGACAGAAGUAAGCUUGAUUCCUCGAAAGCUUCUGGUGAAGAACUAUGUAACCUCAAAUUGGCUCCGGUGAUGGUUUCCAAGGACAGCGAGAAGACCGUGUUGUACACGUACUCCGUUGAAUUCUUUGAGUCCACGACCUCUUGGGCUACCAGAUGGGAUAAGUAUUUGCACAUCUAUGAUCCAAAGAUUCAAUGGGUGUCUUUGAUCAACUUUUCCUUGGUUGUGAUCAUAUUGAGUGUGAUCAUGGCUCACAUCUUGGUCACUACCUUGAAGAACGACAUUGUCAAGUACAAUGACGUGAACUUGGAUGACGAUGUUGCUCACGACAGUGGCUGGAAGUUGGUGUACGGUGAUGUUUUCAGAUCUCCUCCAAACAGAAUGCUCUUGUCCGUGUUAGUUGGAAGUGGUGCUCAGUUGUUCUGCAUGACAUUGGUAACAAUCGUUUUUGCACUCUUCGGUUUGUUGUCUCCUUCCAACAGAGGUUCCUUGUCGACAUUCAUGUUCAUUCUUUUCAUCUUUUUCAGCAUCAUUUCUUCCUACGUGAGUGGUUACCUCUACAGGUUCUUUGGUGGUGAGAACUGGAAGGUGAACAUGUUGAUGACCCCAACCCUUGUCCCUGGUAUUUUGUUUGGAUUCAUCGUGUUUUUGAACUUCUUCCUCAUAAACGCUGGCUCGUCAGGCGCAAUCCCUGCUGGAACCAUGCUCGCUAUGGUGGUUAUCUGGUUUGCGAUCUCAUUCCCAUUGUCCGUGGUGGGAUCUAUCCUUCAAUCCAAGAGACCCACUCUUCUGGUGCCCGUUCGUACCAACCAAAUUCCAAGACAAGUUCCACAACAACCAUGGUACUUGAAGACUGUUCCAGGCAUGAUCAUGUCCGGUCUUUUCCCAUUCGGAUCAAUUGCUGUUGAAUUUUACUUCAUCUUCUCAAGCAUUUGGUUCAACAUGAUUUUCUACAUGUUUGGAUUCUUGUUUUUCUGCUUCAUCUUGAUGAUUUUGACAACAGGUCUCAUUACAUUAUUGUUUGUUUACUACACAUUGUGCAGCGAAAACUACAAGUGGCAAUGGAAGGCUUUGUUCAUUGGUGGUGGAUGCUCCAUCUACGUUUUCCUCCACUCCUUGUUUUUCGUCAAGGGAGCAUUGAAAGACUUCACCUCCAUGGUUUUGUACCUUGGCUACACCGCAGUCAUGUCUAUCUUGGUUUUCUUGGUGUGUGGCUCUGUCGGAUUUAUUUGUGCGUUAUUCUUCAUUAGAAGAAUCUACUCGCAGAUUAAGAUUGAUUAA